AUGAAACUUUCGAUAAGCAUCGGUAUUUUGAUCAUUACUUUUUUCAUACUUUGCGCGUGUUUUCAUGAAUUACAUGCAUAUUAUUACUAUUAUUCCGGUAUAAGAAUCAAGAAUCAAAAUGUGACGUUUGAAUGUCUCAGAGACUAUGAAAGAGAAAUCGAAUGUGUUUCUGUGAGUUAUUAGUGUUACUUUUCUGAAUUAAUUGUAAAUCUUUAAAAAAAAAAUUAUAUUUGUUGUGCGAAAAAUUUGCUUUUCAGAAAAAAAUAUAUCUAAAGAAGGAAAACAUUUUUUCAAAUUAUGUCUUAAAAGAUAUUAAUUUUUUUUAAUAUCGAAAAAAUUUACAGGAUAAAGCUAUCAAACUCCAUCUGGAAUCAAAACCUGAAACUGUUUUCGAAUAUUGUGGUGCGAUUGAAAAGUGUUUCGAAUCAAAAUGUCACUUGUCAUUAUUAUAUCAUUGGGAGUUGAUAUUGUUCUGUGAUUACAAAUUAUUUUUUGUCGGUAGUAUGGGAAAAUGUGUUGAACAACUUUUUGAGAAAGAUAUCAAACUUGUUGGUGAAGUCGAUCAAGAUGGGGAGAAUAUUCGGAAAUAUUGCGAUAAUGGGGCAGAUAUCGCAGAGUUAUAUACAGUGGUAAUUCAAUUUUUCUUGCAUUCAAAAAUAUUUUUAUCAAUGUUUUUUUUUCCAGAAACACAACGCAUUGGCUGUAGCUCGUGGGAAAAUAGGAGAACUUGUCGAUCAUAAUUGA